AUGCAUGUUGGAGAUAUUAGAUACCGCGGGUACGGAACAAUUCACCGCCAUGAGGUACAUACCAAGCAAUCCCAAUUUCAUUUCUCCCUUCCACUCAUCCUUUCCCAAAUCCCCCACUUACACAUUCUCUCCAGAGAACUCUACAUGAAAACCGGACAAGGAUUCCUCCUCGUCUUCAGUAUCACAUCGCAAAGCUCCCUCAACGAACUCAGCGAACUCCGCGAAACCAUCAUACGCAUAAAAGAUGACGAAAAUGUGCCGAUAGUAAUUGUCGGGAAUAAAAGUGAUCUGGAACAAGAUCGGAUGGUUAGUAGACAGGCGGCUUUUAAUGUUAGUCAGAGUUGGGGAAAUGCGCCGUAUUAUGAGACGAGUGCUAGGAGGAGGGCAAAUGUAGAUGAAGUCUUCAUCGAUCUCUGCAGGCAAAUCAUCCGUCGGGAUAACAAUCGAUCGACGCCGGAAUUCGACGACGAAGUCAAUUCGCCGGUGGAGAAAAGACAUCAUCGGAUGAGACGGUUGGGGAGGUGUGUGAUAUUAUGA